AUGAGUGAGGGGGUUCUUAUAGAAUGGAGACCACUCAAGGGAAACACAAGACCAAAAGGUUACUCCCCCCUGCACCUGGCGGCCGGGUGGGGUCACCUGGAGACGGUGAGGACUCUGCUGGAGUUUGUAGCUGAUUCCCAGGUGGAGACCUUCAGGGGGGAGCGGCCCCUGGACCUGGCCCGGAGAUACUCCUGGACCGACUGUGCUGACUGUCUAAGCCUGGCCGAAGCUAAACAGGACCUGGAGUCGUAUGUAGCCUUUGUGAAAGACUCCAGAGGAGUCUCACAAAGGAGGAAAAGGUACACAUGCUUUAAAUUAGGAAUCAAAACACGUGCGUGCUCUGGCAAGUCAGCCUGGAUUCAGAGUGUGGAACAUGCAACAGAGUCAGACUUUAUUGCCCAAAGGAGAGAGCUACAGGACGCUGUGCUGUACAAGCUCUCCGCUCAGAGACUGCUUCUUGAGCUCUAA